AAUGGGUCAGAAUCAAAUUGCACAUGUUAAAUGUUCCACAGAGGAAUAAAAUCUAUGGUCUAAGAAGACAAAAAGCCUGACAAUCUGACAUACGGGUACGGGAAAAUAAAUAUGGAUUCAUGAUUUCAUGGAUGUCAUCAUGUCAAGAAGGGUGGAAUCAUGUUAGAAUGCUGUAAAUACUAAUAAAUUGUCACCAUAAUAUUUUGGUCUGAACGUUUCGAUUUUAUUGUGUAUACGGCAGCGUAAAUCAUAAGAUCGUGAUUAUUGUUUUAGAUAAGUGGUGAAUGAUGUCUUGUUAGAGUUUAUAAUAUUUUUUGUUGUAAUAAUAAUCUGUUAUUUUUCGCGUCAAUCAUGGAGAGUGAAAAAGAUCGAAUAUCGGAUCCGGGCGACGGUGAAGAUAUACCAAGUGAUUUCUUUGACGAUUUUAACAGAGAUGAUUUUAUGGAAGGUUUAAGUGUUAUAGACAGCUGGGAUGAAGAAGAUGGUGCCGGCAAACGUCGUGAGCCGCGUCGUAUCAACGUUGAGGCCCUCGAUAGCGUGAAGGAUCUUCGUGAACUGAUCGGAGACAAUAAAGAAGAGCAAGGCAACACAGACAAACCGUUUCAGCCGUUCGUUAAAUUUGAUGAUAGGUUUAAGUGGCGCAAACGAGAAUCUCCGGAGCAGGAAUCUUCCAGCAGCUCUCGUAUGAAUGAUUUCAUCAAACCCGGUAGCAGGCGUGAUCCAAGCAAAACGAAUGAAGCUAUUAAGAAAGAUAAGGAAGUUAAAGUUAAAGAAUACCUUGCAAAGCAUUUAGAGUCUACUGAUGAUAUUCGACCUCCGGGCACUGAACUUGACGACUAUUUUGAAGGAGGCAAAACUAAGGAAAUUAAGAAAACACCAAAACGCGUACUGGAAGAAGGCCCUGAUGAGCAACACAGACCUGUGCAAUAUCGGGGAUCACCUCACUAUCACAGCCCUCGGCGUCAAGGUCCACACCACCGCGCAAGUCCCCGACGCUACAGCCCUCGUAAAAGAUAUAGCCCCACAUGGAGUCCACGUCCCCACUAUCAUCCACACCCAUCUCACCUACACCAGUACCGACCCAGAUUCAGCCCACACAAAUUCUACAGAAAACGGAAUAGUCCACCACGGCGCAGCCCACAACGACGCAGCCCACCACGACGGAGCCCACCACGACGCAGCCCACCACGACGAAGCCCACAUCGCCGCUACAGCCCGCAUCGGUCACAUGAGCGCAGCCCUCGACGUCGACGACUAUCCAGAUCCCCUCAAAGACGCUCAUAUGAUUCUAAAAGAGCACGUUCAAGAUCUCGUUCCCCACAUCAAAAGGACACAUUUCUAUAUCCUACUGAACCAGGAAUGUCAGCAUAUCCUGUAGAACCUUAUAGUAAUAAACCAGCACAGCUGUAUACUGCUCCUGUGCAAAGUGAAUUUCCUGGAAGUGUAGCAGGAUAUACAUACCCACAAGGAGUAGCAUAUGGUGGUGGUUUUCCUGCUCCAUAUAACUAUAACUUGGCACCUGGUGCACCUAGUGGAAUGCCGGAGCCAGUACCAGUGCCUACUAUAAACCCAAUUCCAGAUCCUUUGAAUGUAGCCCCAGCACCGGCCAUGGUACCAGCUCCUGCCCUCCCAGUUAUAGAGCAGAAAACACCAUAUGAUGCAUUGGCACAAUUAGUUGCAGAAGGGAAGAUUUCUCAAGAAGAUUAUUUUAAGCUUGCUCCUAAUAAAGGUGCAACCAGUAUGAUGGAUUCAAAAACUUUAAGUGGAGUUAUGUCUCGGUGCAAUCAAGCUUUAGUCAAGUUAGAAAAGUUGCUCCUACCCAACCAUUUGAUGAUGAACAAUCAUAUUGUCGGAUCAGAACCUAAGGCCUUGGAGUCGAAGUUUUGUUCGCCGCUGAAGAGACAAGCCUCUAUAGAGUUCAACUUUACGAAAACAAACGGAUCUGUUUUGGCUCAGCAAAACCAGCAGCUUGUGGAGAGCAUCAUCACUACAAUUGGAUUGGAUAAGGUGGUGUCGAGGUAUAAAAAGAAGCUCCCUAAAGACGUAAAGGAUGCGGCCGUCCAGACAACAAAACCGUUUUGUGACGUGUGUGAAAUUCGUGAAUCUACAAGUUUCCAAGAAGCCAGUACUUCCACGGAACCUGAAUAUUUUAGUUCAUCUGUUCAUACUCAAGUUGUAGAACAAGAUUUAGUUAGUUCAAAAUCUGUUUUUAACCCAACCGGCAGUAUCUCCGAUGGAGCACCUAUCUCGAUAGCUCAUCUAACUCCCGCGCAGUUGGUGUCUCAGCUGGCAGCGCGCGCGAAAACCUUGCAGCAACCAUUGCCUGUACCGCAGCCCAUGCAUCCGAAUCAGUACGGUAGAAGGAAUCCCAACUACGACUAUGACGGCCGAGGUGGUGGCAGCCAACAGCAGUAUCACCACAAUUACAACAACUAUCGUUACUAAAAUAUUCUGUUAAGGGUAAUUGAGAUGUAUGAUUGUUUUGAAAUUACAUAGUUAGCAUAGCUAUUUCAAGUAAAGUUAAUGAACAUAAUGUCGCGAAUAUUUGUUUUACCCAAGUUUCAAAUAAAUAUAAUUAACUUUCUUAUAAGUAAUUGCUGUACCUAUGUUUGUGGUUUUUCUUUAUUUUUAUAUUUUAAUCGUGAAGCAGUCUUCAUACGUGUUGUUAAAAUUAAGUUCAAUAGUUUAAUAAUUGUGGUGACUGGGUUUUGAUGAAAUAUAUUGUAUGUACAUAAUAUAUCGACAAAAUUGUGAGAUAUUGUUGUACAGAAUUACUUAAUUGCGUUGUUUUAUAUAAGACUU